CACAAGCCGAGAGAAUUCAUGGCGUGAAGGUUUCAUCAUCCUCGAUAUUUUCUCAAAAAUCUUUGUAAUUAAGUGAAUAAUUCCUCUGCAGCUUGUUUCAUUUUCUGCAGAACGUUGUCUAAAUUCGAUUGGUAUUGUGUUUGCCGGCACGAAAGACAGCAAAAUGGAUAAGAUACCUGAGGCACCGGAAGCUGCACAGGCGAAGAAAAGGAGAAGGCGUUUCCGGAAAAAGAAACCAAAAGCGUCUGCAAGUCAGGAAGAGGUCCCACAAAGAGAUCCUUCGCCUAUAAAGCCAUCUCCAGUCGCUCCAGUAGAGAUUGUACCGAAAAUGGAGAAAGAGAAGACACGAGAAGAGAUUUUGCAAGAGAGGAAGAACAAGAAGCUGGAGAAGAAGACUAAGACGACUAAGCCUGAGGUGAAGCCUGAGGCGAAACCUGAAGCUAAUGCACCACUGGGAGAUCAGAAGCCCUCUAGAGAAGACGUUUUGGCACAGAGAGAGGCCAAGAAGCUGGCGAAGCAGACAACUAAGCAGAAGACAGAGCCUGCAGAGAAGACAGAGCCUGUGCAGAAAUCGAAUACUGAUACAGAUUUGGCAAGCAGGAUGGAGCAUUUGACUAUCAGUGAGUCUACAAAGGCUAAAGCCACAACUAAGGCCGAACGGAGGGCCAUUCAGGAGGCACAGAGAGCCGCCAAGGAGCAGAAAUUGAAGGACAAACCAGCGCCGGUUGCUAAAAAUGUCCCUGUACAGAAGGAGUCUCUCAAAAUCUCCCCUGCCACGAAGAAGUCACCCAGGGCAGACACUGUGAGUUCAGGUCAGAAACACAGAGUGAAGCUGUUUAGUCAUCUUUACUUGGAUCACUUCACACAUCCGCCAAAGGUGAGUGGAGAUUUUGAGAUUCACGAGGCGAUUCGCACUCUCGGCGCAUUGUACUCGAAGAUGGAAAUCACGGGCGCCAAUGCGCGAUGCUUCGCCCUGUUGACUAUCAUGAAGGUGGUGAUUAAGAAGUUUAAGACACCGCCAGAGAAGGAAUUCUCACGGUGUCUGGAAAACUAUGUGGGCAGCAUUAUGGAGUAUCUGGAACAGUGUCGCCCGAUGGCGGUGUCCAUGACUAUUGCCAUGAAGUACCUCAAGUGGCAGAUAACGCAGUUGCCAAAGGACAUUGUCCAUGUCCCGGAUCUGGAUAGCGAGGAAGAGGACGAUCCUGACAUUGAACUGAAGAUGAUUCUCUUUGGGAUCAUCGACACGUACAUCAAGGAUCAACUGGACAAGGCGGAUUUGGCCAUUACUUGGGCGGUUCAGGAGAAGAUUGCCGAUGGAGAUGUGAUUCUCACAUUUGGAGGAUCCUCCUUGGUGAAGCAAAUACUCAAGGAGGCACACAAUCGCAGCAAGAAGUUCCGAGUAAUCGUGGCUGAUGCAGGUCCACUUCACGAGGGUCGUGACAUGAUGCGGAAACUCACGGAUUUGGGCAUUGACUGCACCUGUGUCCUCAUUACGGCUGUAACUUUCAUCAUGCAGGAUGUUACAAAGGUUUUGCUAGGCGCCAACUCCCUCCUGGCCAAUGGUUAUGUGAUGUCGCGCGCUGGAACUGCCCAGAUCGCACUUGUGGCAAAGUCUCACAAUGUACCAGUUCUAGUGUGCUGUGAAACCCACAAAUUUAGCGAACGUGUGCAGACGGAUGCUUUCGUGUACAAUGAAAUCGGCUCCCCAGACGAUCUGGUGCCUCCUGAGAAGACUGGCCUCCAGAAUUGGCGUGCAAAUCCCUACUUGACACCUCUGCAUCUGUACUACGACAUAACGCCGCCAGAAUUGGUAACGGCGGUGGUCACAGAAGUUGCAAUUCUCCCAUGCACGAGUGUUCCGGUAAUUCUGCGAAUCAAACCCACAGAGAUUGGGUAUUGAUUGUAAUUCUGAUCGGAAUAAAUCGUUUUUCUUUGCGUGUCAAGAAGCUUGUAGAUCUGC